UGACACGAAAACCGCUGAUGGUUCGUUGUCAAAAGAUAAAUAGAAGCUCAGAGGAACGAAAAUUCAAAUCUGACUCAGUAAUGUGGAUUUUAUCAUUUAUUCAUUAAUGAUUUUUGAUUUGCGUUGAUCUCUAAAGGAAUCAUGCAGGAGAGUGCAAGAGGUGACGAGAAGAAACAAGCUCAAGACCAUCCUACUAGACGUCUUCUAGUAGACACAACAGAUCCAACAACAGAUGAAAGACAUUCAGGAGAUGGCCAGGCAUCUCCAUCUGGUGAAAACAUGGUGGACGAAGUAUCCUUAAGCUCAGAUGAUUCUGAUUUGAGUGGGUAUACCAGAAGAUGUGUGCCGAGGGUCAAUUGCCCUGAAAAAAUAAUUCUUUGUGUUGACUUGUCCCCUGAGAUGAAUGAGUCAUCAUUUCAAAGUCGUACAGCACCAGAGAGAACAGCGUACCAGUUUGUCAGAAAGGCAUCACAAAUUUUCAUCAAAAAYAAGUCCUACCUCAACCCUGACCAUGAGUUUGGGAUCAUUGUUCUAGAAGAUGAAGCUUCAUGGUAUCAGCAGUUUGAGAGUAACCCAGAUACCAUCUGUACAGUACUGGAGCAUCUGAAGCCAAAUGAACAAGAAACUGAAGAUGUUUUCGAUAUGGAAACUCUUUUCCAAGCCAUACAAAGUCGUAUAUCACUGCCAGACCUCGAAGAUCCAUCGUUACCUCCUCCAUAUGUUGUGCGUGUGAUAUUAAUGUACGGUAGAUCACUAUGUACUCCAGUAAUCUCYACUCAGGCGCAUCAGACUCUUCAUAACCUGCUACAGUCACCUUACUUUUUCUUUGAUGUAAUUUACGUUCAUCAACUUCCAUCCGAAAAUAAUAAAUGCGAGUCUAUUUACGACACGUUUUGUGAACUGGACGAAGACGAGGUAGGUUACAUGCUGGAAGUAUCUCGUAGCACAACUCGUUUAUUCGACCACAUGGCGACAUUACUGGCGCAUCCUCUGCAACGUCCGAAGCAAAGAGAUACCUCUUAUGUUCUAACACCAAGAGAAAGUGACGAAAAUCAAUGAAGAAAAAGGUAUUAAAGAGGCUCAGGAAACGGCAAAACKUUUGCGAGCUUCAACUUUGCUGAAGUAUAUUCCAUAAUACUCCAGUUUCGAGUUCUCUGUUGCUCAGGRUUAGCCUUGAUUUUGAAAAUAUUUUAAAAAUGUAACGGUAUUUUACUUCGAUAACGCGGGGAGUGGUUGCCCAAAUCUCCCGAACCAAGGGCUCAUGUUUAAUGCGCUCGAAGGUGGGCCCUCUACCCCCUCUUACUAUCAGUGCUCCUUUUUACGGGUAUUUAAAGCUAAUUAAAGCUACACAGAACAGAGAGAAGUCGAAACAGACGUGGAGUUCCUGAGGAUCGAACUACAUACCUCUAGCUCCGAAGGCCGCGCACUAACCAACUGAGCUACGCCUGCUCCUCAUUCACGUGUUCCAGUGAAGGUCCGUGGAAUUUCAAAGUACUUGUAAUGUUUUAGUUGUGCGUUCUUUACUCAGGGUUCGUGCUACUCCUUGAAAUCCUUGAAAAGUCCUUGAAUUGAAAACACGUUUUCAAGUGGCGCUUGAAAAGCCCUUGAAAAUAGGGRAAAACUCCUGGAAUACUCCUUGAAUUUAAUGCAAACUUAAUGUUAUUUCUAACUUACCUUUUAAAAUAAAUAACGAUUAAAAUUGAUUGAAGAGUUUCUGGUUCCUUGUUUACUGGUUGGUUGCGUGUCAUGCUCGUUUUUUAUUGGUGGACGUGGCCCCGGCUGAAUUAGCUGCACUUUAACAUUGAAUCAAUGUUUAAAACCACGUUCUAAUACAAAAAACUUUGUCCUUGAAAAUUGAAUUUUUGUGCUUGAAAAGUGCUAAAAUAGUCCUUGAAUUUUGUAACGAGAAUGUAGCAC